AUUUAGAAAAAACAUCAACACAACAACAACAACACACCAACACAUUCGCGAAUGCGUUAUUUAGUCGGGCUCGAAAUUUAAUGAUUCCUGCAAUCAUUCACCGUUUGCUACCCAGUUGAUUGCAUGCGCCACGGCAGCAGCAACCGCGAAACCCCUCAACGACGAUCGCACACAGCGCAAUAGGCCCCGCACACUCGAAACUUGGGGCGAGCGAAGAAACCCAAUCGGCAGACACCGCAGAGCAACAUUUCGUCGAUGCUAGUCGUGUCGAGUUGUGCGUGGAGGUGGAGCAACAGCAGCAGCAACAGCAGCAGCAGCAGCAGUGUCAAUUAAUAGUUUUCCGUAUUCCCAUUCAUACAUCAUACAUCACCACACCACCCAUUUCCCCCCACUUGCGGAGUCCGUGUUAUACAACAAAAUUGACCAGUGCCUCUCAACUACGCCGGCAAAUACCAAUCGUUUAUGUUGUCCUUCGGGCCAGAGGUUCAACAAGACCAAAAAUCGGAAUCUAAUCAAUCCCCGCCCUCUUGUGCGUGCGUUCAAAAUAAUUAACUGUGCGUGGUGUAAUCGUAAUCCCUUAUCAGCUGCUCGGUGCGAAAGUUUGCCCGCAAGACAAACGGGCAGAGAAAGCAUACAGCCAAAGCAAAAGAAACGCCAAUAACAAGCGGUCUGUGAGUCUCCUCGGUUUCGCUUGCACUUGCCACUGGACAGAACAGAACUGGUUGGAGAUUGUGGAUUGGAGCAUCAAAGCGUUCGUAACAGAAGAACCCAUUGCAAGGGCAGCCACAGCCACAGCCACAGCCAUGAAUAUCGACGACUACGAGAGUUUGCCGACGACCAGUGUCGGCAUAAAUAUGACGGCGGGCGCCAUCGCUGGCGUGCUGGAGCAUGUGGUCAUGUAUCCGCUGGACUCUGUUAAGACGCGAAUGCAGAGCCUGACAUCAGCAUCCAACAUGAAUAUAAUGUCAACCUUUCAGAAUAUGAUCACACGUGAGGGUCUCUUGAGACCCAUUCGUGGUGCCAGUGCUGUGGUUGUGGGUGCAGGACCAGCGCAUUCUCUCUACUUCGGGGCCUACGAGAUGACCAAGGAAAUGCUGACUAAAUUCACAUCACUAAACCACCUUAACUACGUUAUCUCCGGGGCUGUGGCCACUCUCAUACACGACGCUAUCUCCAAUCCCACGGAGGUGAUCAAGCAGCGAAUGCAAAUGUACAACUCACCCUAUUCAUCGGUCAUCACGUGCAUGCGGGAUGUGUAUCGGAAGGAGGGCUUCAAGGCCUUCUAUCGAUCCUACAGCACCCAAUUGGUCAUGAAUAUACCAUAUCAGACGAUACAUUUUACCACAUAUGAGUUUAUCCAGAAUAAACUCAAUUUGGAUCGCAGAUACAAUCCCCCAGUGCAUAUGGUGGCGGGUGGAGCGGCGGGUGCCUGUGCAGCGGCCAUAACGACACCCCUGGAUGUGGUGAAAACACUGCUAAACACACAGGAAACGGGUCUAACAAAAGGCAUGAUCGAGGCCUGUCGCAAGAUCUACCAUAUGGCUGGGCCAAUGGGUUUCUUCAAGGGAAUGACUGCUCGCGUCUUGUAUUCGAUGCCAGCGACGGCCAUCUGCUGGUCCACAUACGAGUUCUUCAAGUUCUAUUUGUGUGGCCUCGACCGUGAUCAAUAUAAAUCGUCAAUUACGGGCCGCUCCGAAUUACAAGAGCCCCGCAAAACGGCCUAUGUAUUGCCGAAGAGCACAACCGAUGAGGAUCCGUCUUUGGCGACCGAAUCUUUGGCCGUGGAUACUGCUGCCGGCACGUUGAAGGAUCCCGCUGUCCUGCAUCCGACGCCGCCCACAGUCAAUGCAGCCGGUGCCAUCAAAACGGUGUGUGAACUGUCCACACGCACCGCUGCGCCCACCAUAAAUCUGCACACGAGGCACACGGAAGUGAAGAGCCCCUAUGAGCGGGGCUUCUCCAGUACGUAGACUGUGCGCGAGGACGUGGCCGCAAGCGAGGCGGCCAGCGUUCGACACGUUUGCAGCGGCGACAGCUAAACACACAUAAGCAUAGCUAUUAGUUGGCGGCGGGGAAAGGUGGCUGGAGGCGGCAGAGGUGCAGGAGUCAGUCUGUUUUGUGGAGUUUGGCGUGGACACGGCGUUUGAAACGUCUGCCGCCCCCAUUCCCUUUGGCCCAAGCCUCUGUAUUGCCUCUGGCCUCGUUUUUUCCCCAGCUGUUUGUAUGAAUACUCUGCGAGGAGUCGGUGAGAGAGUGUUAUCACUCCCAUAGUCGGAGGUUAAAUAGUAGUUGUUGUUCUGCACAAAAACUCUCGCUCUCACACUCCCCCCACAAAAAAAAAACACCCCCAUCCACACCCCCCAGACAGACACACACACACACACACCCAAACAAAAACAAAUUUCAUUUAUAGGCAAAAAGCAAAAUAUUCUUGUUAAAAAAACAAAAGGAAAAAAUAAUUAUUACGAUUAUGAUGAUAAUAACUUGUAUCUAUGUUGCUCGGAAUUGAGUGGAACCCUUGUGUAAAGUACUAUUAUAUUACCAUUACAUUGUGUAUUACAAUAUAUAUAUGAUUUACGAUAUAUUUUUUUUUUAACAAACAACAAAUUUCAAAGUAUAUAUAUACAUAUUAUGCAUAUACUUGUUGAUUUGAUCGUUGUAAAGUAAGAGCAAAGCCAGGGCAAGAGAGCAACAAAAGCGCAAAAACGCAGGAAACAGAACAAAAUAAACUGUUUCCCAAAAAAAAGGCAAAAAAUUCAAUGAUUUGUAAUCCAAUUACACUUUCAUCUUCAAACUGAGAUGUUACAAAAUAUAGUAUAUACUUAUAAUAACGAGAGCCUGCAAACAACUAUACAGCUCCCUCCUAUUCCAGGCCCCCAGGAACCUACCCAACCAACCUUUGGGUACCACAUUACUGUAAUGUAGUGGAGUAGAGUAGAGCCCCUGGCCCUGCCACUGGCACUUGACUGACUGAUUGAGUUUAUUGAAAGCCCCCAAACCGUAUUCGCAUACAUAAUAAAUAUGUCUUGUUCUAGCUUCUAGAAUAUCCAAAUAAUAGCCUCAGUCAAGUGCCAGCGGGUGUCGGGGGCAACAGCAAUCCAGUCCCCAAAAAACAAAACACAAAACACACACAAUAAAUAAAACCAUUAUAUUAUUACGUUCAUUGUUAUUUUUAUUGUUUAUAUAUUAAUAUAUAUGCAUUACUAUAUAUACAUAUAUACAGUGCCGCUCAACUGAAUAGGUUCCACAAUUUUCAAAAGUACAGUCGCUAAAUCUUUUCAACCAACUUAACGAUUUUGAUGAUGAUUUGUAUGAAACAGAAAAGUUUUCAGUCUCCAAAUGAUUUGAAAUGGGUGGCGGGAACCCAUUGGAACCAAUCGGUGCAAGAAUGCAUCAAAAUCAGACGAUUCCAAAAGGAAAACAUUAAUUUUUUUAUUUUUAGUGAAGCAAAAUAUGGUACAAAUAUGAAAAGAAGAGCAGCCAGGCUUGCGAUUAGAGCUCCUACCGCCUUCUGCAGCAAAAUCAGGGAAGAAUCCGGUGUUAAUGCGAGUUUGGGCAGCCUACAGCCCUACAGCACUUCGUUGACAGGUGGUUUUUGUUAAAUUUCCAAAAAAUUUGCUUAAAUAUGAAAAGAUAUUUUUUGUUUUCGAAAAAAGUGUCAUAAAUACGUAUCCUGGAGACCGCAAACUUUCCUAAUUCUUUAACAAUCAAUAAAUCAUUAAAAUAAAAAUUUAUUUUAUCAAAAUCGGUAAAUUGGUUGAAGAGAUAUAUCGGUUCGACUUUUGAAAAUUGUGGAUCCUAUUCAGUUUCGAGGCACUGUAUAUACAUACAUGUGUAAUUCUAUAAAUUUACUUAUUCUUAAACUGCAAAGUGUAGGAUGUAAAAUUACAAUUUUAUUGUUACCACAAAUUCUAACAAAAACAGAAACAAAAACAAAA